GCGAGCUAUCCAAGGGCGAUCCUUACGAACUGCCGAGCCGAAUAACUCAGAUAUGCCAACCAAGCUUUUCAUCACCGGCGUGACCGGCUACAUCGGCGGCGACGCCUUCUAUUACCUCUCACAACACCACCCCAACUUCGAAUAUUCUGCGCUAAUUCGCUCGGAGGAGAAAGCGAAACGUAUCCGUGAGGCAUACCCUAACAUCCGCACCGUUAUUGGUAGCCUAGAUGAUUCGGAGGUUCUUGCGAGAGAAGCCGCUUGGGCAGAUAUUGUGCUUCACACCGCCGACGCCUCCGACCACGUAGGCGCGGCCAAUGCCAUCGCCAAGGGAAUGAUCGAGGGCCAUUCCCCCGAAAGACCGGGAUACUGGCUCCACACAGGAGGCACCGGAAUCUUGACAUAUUUCGACUCAGAAGUGAAGAAAGUCCAUGGCGAACACGACGACAAAGAAUUCAAUGACGACAAGGGAGUAGACGAACUGGUCAAUCUUCCCGCGGCUGCGUUCCAUCGGAACGUCGAUGAGAUCGUCCUCAAGACGGGAACUGAGCAUGCCGACAAAGUGAAGACAGUCAUUGUUUGUCCACCUACGAUCUAUGGAAAAGGAAGAGGACCUGUGUCCGCUCGCGGUAGACAGGCGUAUGAGCUUGCCAGCUUUAUCUUGAAACAGCACUACACCCCUCAGAUCGGCAAGGGCCUAGCACGUUGGAAUAAUGUGCACGUAUAUGAUCUGAGUACAUUAUUCGGAGCUCUUGUUGAUGCAGCACUUGAGCCUAGCAAGAAGGACGACAAGGAGAUCUGGGGAGAGAAGGGCUACUUCCUCUGUGAAAACGGGGAGCAUGUCUGGGGUGAUCUGGCGAAGUUGAUUGGGGAGAAGGCACAUGCUCUAGGUUUCUUGAAGGAGAAGCCACAAGUUAAGGAACUUUCGCUUGACGAGGCGAUCAAAUCACCGGCAGGCUUUGAGGCCGCGAGCUGGGGCUGGAAUUCCCGCGGCAAGGCGCUGAGAGGACGGAGGGUAUUGGGGUGGACGCCACGCGAGAAGAGCUUGGAGGAAGAAGUGCCAGAAAUUCUGAAAGCGGAGGCUGCGAGGCUGGGAAUCUAA